AUGGACUUUAUGGACGCAUCGAGGCGCGGCAGCUACGGCGAGUCCAAGCCCAUGUGGAAACCGCUGGUGCCAUGGAGCGAAGACGUCAAGCUCGAGAAGGACGGCGCGUGGAUCGAUUGCACGUCGCCCAAUCAUGACGAGUGCAGACCCAUGGUCCUUCUAAAGCCGUUCGCUGUCCUGAGUGUCAUCGUGACCAACAUCAGCGUCGUGGCCGUCGCGACGUUUGGCUGGACCGAUCGUCUGCGCACCGCGCUCGGCCUCCAAGACCUUCCGCGCUGCAGCUUGGUGCUGGUCAUUUCGAUGCUGCUCAGCGUCGCAUGCGGCGGCGGCGGUCUUCUUGGGGACUAUGCGCGACACCGCGGGCUCGUGCUGCGACGGGCGUCAGGCCUCUGGGUCGUCGCGUCGUUGCUGCUACUCUUUGGAUGCGUGCUGGACACGGCCUUUCUGUACGGCCUCGGGCUUGCGCUCGCCUACGUGGCGGCCGGUGCCAUCUUGCCCAACGUCAUCGUGGCGGGAACGGCGCUGGAGCACACACACGACGUCAGCGACGACCAGAAGCGACUCGAGAUCACCACGUUUUAUGGCUGGACCACCGCCGCGUCGAUCGGCAGCCUCGCAGCUACACAAGCCUUCUGUCUUGCGACAACGUCGCGGACCCAAGUGCUUGCGCUCUUUGCGCUUUGCCUCUUGCUGCUCGCGACGCUGUCGUGGUUACAUGUCCAUAUGCGCUGCCGGCGCUGGCCGCCUCAAGUGACGCCCGCCUCCGUUUUUGCCACCGGGUGGCACAUCCUGCGCGGGCACUGGCUCCUCCUCGGCACGAGCGGCGGCGCGCUGCUCAUGCUUCUCGGCGCGAUAGCCGUUGUCGCGAGCGUCGCGGUGCCACAUCGUGCGGGCGCCGCCCUCGACACGCGGUUCGUGUUGGCGGCAGCUGGUGUCGCAAGCAUCUUCCUCGGUUGGAUCACGACGCUCGUCCUUGGUGUCGCCUCGUUCAACUUGCACUACUCGGUUCACGUCCAUCGGCGACGUCAUGGCUCGGACAACCAUGACGAUGAGGAGGAGGAGGACGACGAGGACGGGCCGAUUGCAUCCGAACACAUGCCGGUCCUGCGCGGCUUGAGCCUCUUUCCCAUUGGGUGCAUGGGCGUCUUUGCGGCUGCACUGCGCGGACAGCUCUACUCACUCUUACUCUUGCAGCAGUGCCAGACAAGUCGAACGGCGUUUGGCAGCGUACACGUGAGCCCCGACUACGUGGCGGUCGGCGUCGGCGUCGUUGCGCUCGUGUCGAGUCCGCUCCUCCUGCGCCUCCUCACGGUGGAGCUCAAGGCCUUUGGGCGCAGUACGCGGCUUCUUCACGCGCUUUUGUUCUACCUCGUUGGCACCUUUCUCGCUGGCAUCGUGGAGCUCUACCGCCGCAGCAGCCCGCACGACGUCGGUCCGUUGCUGCUCCCAGACACAACGUGCCACAAGAAGACGACGACGGGUAUGGACUCAGCGUAUGCGAUCGCGUAUCUCGUGCCGCUGGGGCUGGCGGAGAUGCUCUUCCGAACGUGCGUCGGUGAGAUCGGCGCGUUCGUCUUGCCACCUCGCCAGAUGGGGCUGGCGGCCAGCGUGCUCGCGGUCUGCGAUGCGAUCGGGAGCGCGGCCGCCAUUGGCAUCGGCGUCAUCACGGUGCGCUGGUAUCGGACGCCGGCGCCGACGGACCUUGUGCUCGUGCUCCUCGCCUCGACGACGCUCGCGUGCAUGGCGUACGCGUCCAUGAAGCGCCUCGUGGCCCAUUACCAGGCCGCUCAGAUCUGGUUGUAG